AUGCAAUACUUCGACGACAUCAUUCUAUUUGGAGAGUUUGAAUGUCGAGAAGCAUUGGAAAGAGAAGUGAAAAGACAUCGAUACUGGAAGACCAAGGCAGUCAAGAAAUUGAAUUUCGACAGGAUUGAAACAUCUACAAGUAUUCAGUACAUUCUGGGGUCAUUCACUGAGGCCAGAUCGACUUCUGAAGCAAAUGAGGCGGCUAACUUCGCAGAGAUGAGUGAGGCUUCUUGCUCAAUGUCAGGGGGAGGAGCGUUAAGUCCAUGGGAUUUCGAAGUGAUGCCGAAUCAGUUGUUUGUUGAUCAGGUUAGCGUCUUCGAAAUGCCCGGUUCGAGUCAAAUAAAUCCGUGCUCUGCUUGCAAUUCGGAAGGCACCAUUCACUGUUUUCAUUGUAGAGGAUAUGGAACAGACAAGUGCUCAUUUUGUAUAGGAACCGGUAUGAAGUCAGAAGUGGCCCACCCGGCUGUCUACACUCAUCCAAUGAUUGCCACAUUCCCGCCACAUUCCCACAUGCAGAUCUGUCACGUGGAUAUGCAUCAUCGUCGACUGGUCAGGCACGGUGGGUCUGGAAGUGAAAGCAAUUCUUACGGAAUCGGAACCCCUAUGCAUUUCAUGUCAAAAACUGGAGUACCACCACCUGGAAUUGGUACCCAUGAUUUGUGUUACAUGUGUCAUGGAAGAGGAAUAAAAGAGUGUCAUCAUUGCAAGGGAGGCGGGAAGAAGCCGUGUACUUCUUGCUCUGGAACGGAUAAUUCCCAUCUCGAAGUACCCCAAGUGGACGUGAAUAAUAUGUCGAAGCUCUUCUGUGCCCAACAUCUUCAGAAAUGUAUGGGAGUGUGUCGAGUGAUUAGGCAACGUCACUACAUGAAUGUAAUUCCAAUCAGUAAAGUACACUUUUCAUUAGGAAAUGAGAAAGGAAUAUUCUAUGUUUAUGGAACACAGAAACUGUGUUUCUUCCCUAAUUUCCCGUCGAAAUGUGUGAUUUUAUAA